CUCGCCGAGCGGGAGGUCGCGCGUUGGAGCGGGGCGGCAGUCUCCAUGCCUGACGCGAUGAAGUCUGUUCUGCUGCUGCUUCUGCUGGCCGUCUGCGGUGUCCACCCGGCGCCUUAUGAGAAGCCGGGCGUCUGCCGCCGGCGGGUUUUCAUAGCGCUGGCCUGUUUGCCGGCCGAGACCAUCAACACCUGCAACAACGACUUCCAGUGUCCAGGCACGCAGAAGUGCUGCCGUACUGAAGCCUGUGUCACCUCGUGCGAGGAACCCGACGGACCGAAGCCCGGGACAUGUCCCCUGCCCUCUGCUGUGGAACCGGGCUACCCGAACUGUGACGUAGACAGCGACUGUGGCGACGAUGACAGGAAAUGCUGCAGGAAUGUGGACGGCAAUACCCGCUGCUCUUCGCCCAAAGCGCCAGAGAAGCCGGGCGUCUGCCGCCGGCGGUUUUUCAUAGCGCUGGUCUGUUCGCCGGAUGAGAUCAUCAACACCUGCAACGACGACGACUCCCAGUGUCCCGGCACGCAGAAGUGCUGCCGAACUCAACGCUGUGUCACCUCGUGCGAGGAGCCGGACGGACCGAAGCCUGGCGUGUGCCCCCCGCCCUUUGCCGUGGAGCCGGGAAACCCGAACUGUGACGUGGACAGCGACUGUGGCAACGAUGACAGGAAAUGCUGCAAGAAUGUGGACGGCAAUACACGCUGCUCUUCGCCAGAGAAGCCGGGUGUCUGCCGCCGGCGGUUUUUCAUAGCGCUGGUCUGUUCGCCGGCUGAGAUCAUCAACACCUGUAACGACGACGACUCCCAGUGUCCCGGCACGCAGAAGUGUUGCCGCACUCAGCGCUGUGUCACCUCGUGCGAGGAGCCGGACAGACCGAAGCCUGGCGUGUGUCCCCUGCCCUCUGCCUUGGAGCUGGGAAACCCGAACUGUGACGUAGACAGCGACUGUGGCGACGAUGACAAUAAAUGCUGCAAGAAUGUGGAGGGCAAUUCGCGCUGCUCUCCGCCCAAGGCACCAGAGAAACCUGGUGUCUGCCGCCGGCGGUUUUUCAUAGCGCUGGUCUGUUCGCCGGAUGAGGUCAUUAACACCUGUAACGACGACGACUCCCAGUGUCCCGGCACGCAGAAGUGUUGCCGCACUCAGCGCUGUGUCACCUCGUGCGAGGAGCCGGACAGACCGAAGCCUGGCGUGUGUCCCCUGCCCUCUGUCUUGGAGCUGGGAAACCCGAACUGUGACGUAGACAGCGACUGUGGCAACAAUGACAAUAAAUGCUGCAAGAAUGUGGAGGGCAAUUCGCGCUGCUCUCCGCCCAAGGCACCAGAGAAGCCGGGCGUCUGCCGCCGGCGGGCUUUCAUAGCGCUGGUCUGUUCGCCGGAUGAGGUCAUUAACACCUGCAACGACGACGACUCCCAGUGUCCCGGCACGCAGAAGUGUUGCCGCACUCAACGCUGUGUCACCUCGUGCGAGGAGCCGGACGCACCGAAGCCAGGCACGUGUCCUCCGCCCUCUGCUGUGGAGCGUGGCUUCCCGAAUUGUGACGUGGACAGCGACUGUGGCGACGAUGACAGGAAAUGCUGCAGGAAUGUGGACGGCAAUACCCGCUGUUCUUCGCCCAA